AUGUCUGUAUCAGCUGUUUCAACUACUUCAACUCAGAUUUCUACCGCUUAUCAGAUUUCUACUGCUAAUAAAAGAAAGUUUGAGUUUGACUCUCAUAGUGGCUGUAACAGCAAGAGGCAUACUUUGGCUCGUCCAAAUAAUAUGAAUAUAAAUAUAGUAGACGUUAAUGAAGUUUUUAGACAACUUAGAUUGGCAAGAUAUGGAGAAGGGUCGUUCGACAAAUUUAGAGACUGGAAGGAUACAAACUUGUGGAAGGAUUUGUUAAGAGUUUUGAUUGAACAGCGUCAUUUACCUAUAAAUUUGGGGUCAUUAUUUUUCGUUGUCUCCGAUUAUGCCAGAAGUUAUGCUAUGGACCCACAUAUGGAAUGGCUUACCGAUGAAUCUUUGAAGAGAGACGUUGCGGCAGUGUUUAAAUUGGAGCCCUUGGCUGACCAAAAGGGCUGCCUAUCAAUUGAGCAGCUCGAAGUAGUAAUGCAAAAUAUGAAAAACACUGGAUUGCUGGUCAGUGAUGAACAAGUUGGUGAAACCAGUUUCAACUCGGACGGAAGGAGUGGGGGAAAGAAUCCUGUCAAGAGAUUGAGAGGAAGGUCAUCAACAUCAUCAGGUGAGAGGAGACUCAAAUGUUCUGAAAAUUUUGAAGAACUAGGUAACAUCUUGCAACUUACAUUAGUGUACAGGGAUGCUUGUCAUGCAUUAUUUUUUAUUUCUAAACAACUCAAUGUGCUUGGCAUGUUGCUAAUGAUUGUAGUUUUUAUUUUUAUAUAA